AUGAGGAAGCAUCCAGGGCAAGGAACAUCUGAUGGAACAUUCCGGAACAAGCGUUACUUUACCUGCCCACCAGAUUCUGGUGUCUUUGUUGGACUUGAUAAAUUAACACUUAGAGAGGAUCCUGACUCUGAAUCUCCAAAAAAAGAUGAAAAUGCUCAAGCUAACUUCAGAUCACGACUAAUAGAUACAGUUAUGCCAUCUUUUCUUAAAGGAAAAAAUGAACGAAAGUUGCCUCAGGGAAGAAUUAACCAGGUACUUGAAAUUGAUCAAAGAGUUGUGACAUUCAUUGAGGAUCACCCAGCCAGAGGAACUGUACGUUAUAUUGGCCAAGAGGAAGGUUCAAGUGGAAAUGUGCAUACAGUUGUAGGACUGGAAAUGGAUGAGAGAGUUGGGAGUGGAACUGGCAAACGGAAUGGACGAACGGUCUUUGUUUGUAAGAGAGAUUUUGCGAAGUUUGUUGCUAUUGAAAAUGUUAUACGGGAGGAAGACUUUGAUGAGAACCCUAAAGAGACUACAUGUACAGGAGAGAGAGCACUGGACAAACAGGAUGCUAUUCAGGAACAAAUUCGAAAAGAUGAAUCCUUGGCGAAAUCAAUGAGUUAUGAUUAUAGAUCAUCGGGUGGGGAAUCAGUAAGAAAAGUUCGCAGAACAAACUCAGUCAACUCAGCUGAUGUAAUUAGGGCUGCUGGGGAAUCCAGCCAGACAGAUCCUACUGCAUUCAUUGAGCAACAACAUCAGAUCUUUAAUGAGAUGAAGAAUGCAAAAACAUCUGGGAAGAAAGAUAAUGAUGGAGAUGUGGACAUGCAAGAUCAAGACAGGACAAGCCAAAUAGACUUUAAAGAUGAUCAUUUCAUGUCCAAUAGCAAUUUCAGAGAUGAUAGACCAAUCACAAAGCAGCCUGGCUUAUCCAAUGCGGAUUUGGGAAGUCAAGAUGCUGCAAGGCAGGGAUCAUACCAUGACUUCGUCCACAUUGAAAAGGAAGACUAUGACAAGACGGUCCAAAAACAUGAAGUUCAUAGAAGUGGUGAUUCUAAGGUGUUUGUGCAGAGUAAUUUGCAGAAUUCCCCAACUUCCACGACAUUCCCAAGCAGAUGUAGUGACAAAGUAAUGCAGCAAGAUUUGGGUGAAAAUAAUAAGCCACCAUUAGCAGCUGAAGUUGUUUCCGAUUGCUGUCCGAAAACAAAUGAGAAAAUGGAAGAUGGAAUCGUGUGCAAAGAACCUUCAGAGCAGCGAGAAAUACAGACUGCUGCAUUGCACUCAGAAGAUUUAGCAGCUGGUAGACCAGCAGGUUUUGAGGAUACUCAAAUGGCAGUCGACAUUCCUCAUGGUUUUGAAGUGGGUUCCAUGGUAGAGGUUCCUAUGUCAGAUGGUCUUCCCCGAUAUGGUGUCAUUCGCUGGAUUGGCAUUCUUCCACAGUUGAAGGAUAAGCUGGUAGCAGGUCUGGAAUUGGAAGACGAACAGUCUCCUUGUUCAGAUGGCACAUUUGGCGGAGAGAGAUACUUCACUUGCCCAGCAGGACGAGGUUUUUUCACUUUACUGGAGCACUGCCGACUAGAUUCUCGUUUUGCUCCCAACACACCAAAUAAUGACGCAAGUUUUCAUGCAGAAAAAGGUUAUACAUCUUUUUAUUUAAGGGAAUUAACGCUCCAUGUUAAUGUGACUUUGAAAUUUUCUUCUUGGUAUGAGUCCUAUUUAUCAGUUUCAAGUGUAUUUGAUACUCUGCUGCAUCGUCAGAGAAAAGAUGGCGAUCUGGAAGAAUAUGACAAAGUACAGACAGUAUUGAGGGAGAGCAUUGUAAAUCCUUUGAGAGAGGGUGGCUUCGUACGUGCAGACCGUGUCCUCCAGUUGAGAAAGCUGUUAGACGAACUCAGCUCAACUGCAGGAUUAGUGAAUGAGGAAAAAGACCCAGAGGAGUUUCUUAACUCUCUUCUACAGCAAGUCUUGAAGGCUGAUCCAUUCCUUCACUUAAAACCUCGAGAUGUACAAGUCAAGGACAGAGAAGGAGCGUUCUUCUAUCAGAUCAUAACAGAGAAGGACGAGUCUGUGAAAAUCGCUCAAGUUCAACAACUGCUAGUACAGUCUUUCAUCUCAGCCGAUCUCAUACUUUCCGAGAUUCCUUCGUGCUUGAUUCUUCAGAUGCCACGAUUCGGUAGCAGAUACAAGAUGUACGACAUGAUUCUUCCAAACCUGGAGCUGGAUGUUACACAUAUUGUUGAGAAUGUUCCUCGCAAUUGUUCCCUGUGCGGCAGCGAUGUUGCACUUUAUGAGUGUAAGGAGUGCUAUGAGAAAAGAGUACUGGCUGACGACCCUGGAAUAGCGAGUUACUGUAAAGGCUGUAGCGAGACGGUUCACAGAAGGGAAAAUCGCAAAUAUCACAAGCCUCGUCCCGUGCUACUGCCGCGGGUGUACAGCCAAUACCGCAGCGAGAAGAGAACACUCGACCAACAGAAAAUGGAGCUGUUUGCUGUUGUUUGUAUUGAGACCAGUCAUUACGUGGCGUUUGUCAAGUGCGGUGUCGAAGCAGACGCGCCUUGGUGUUUCUUUGACAGCAUGGCGGACAGGAAAGGAGAGAGAAAUGGUUACAACAUCCCUAAUGUGAGUCCAUGUCCCGAGGCACUGGAGUGGCUCUCCAAAGAUCCCGAGGAAAUUCUGGCUGCCAAAGAGAGAGGCGAGAUUCCUGAAAAGGUCCGCCGCCUCUUGGGAGAUGGAUAUCUGUGCAUGUACCAGAACCUGGACAUGACCAUGUACAAAUAAAUCACGUGAAACUCACGUGCACGUACUAGAACAUUCUCCUUAUCACGUGCAUCGCACGUGAAGGGAACCUAACCUUGUAAUGUACACAAAGUGCUUGUACAUAAGAAGGCGUUGCGUUGUGAACUGCACGCCCAUUCUGAAGGCGUAAGCUGAACUGCACGUGUUUCAGCCGCAAUUUUGAUCACGUGAGCACCGCUUGCAAGACUCAGUCGGGCUUUGGGUCUUGGAAUCGAAAUAUUCCCUUGUAGUGAUAGCUAACGCGACUAACAGACUGCAUAAUAUGUUGCUUUACAUUAGAACGAUUUAUUAGAUAAUGAAUCAAUGAGCGUAUGUAGGCACAACUCAUUACCUGGUAACGGUAACAUCUCUAUCAAACCAAUUGUUAGUUAAUUGUUAUUAAUUAUAGUUGUAAGGCUUGAUACCAUUAUUAUGUUACUUUUCGGCCAGAAGUGUAAAUAUGAUUAUUUUCUGUACCUAGUGUAAAGUUCAGCAAUUCUAAGGAAGCUGUAAAUACCAUAUCUAUUGAUUAGCUUGGCAUUGAGAGGCAAAAUUAGUUCGUGAAUAGAGUUCAUUUAUCGAAAAACUAUAAAUAGGAGAGCAAAUUGAUUCAUAGUUUUUUGUUGUUGUUGUUACACAAUUUGAUGAAGCGACUCUAGAAGAACGGAAAUAAAAGGUUCUGAGGUCAGGUUAGGUUUUUGGUAAUAUUUUGAUUUACUUGUAGCCUGAAAUGUCAGUUUUCUUCCGCCCUCAGCCAAAUCCCUUUCGCCCGGAGAUUAGGCUGAGGGCUAAUUCAUUUGCAGAACAACUUAAAAGUUUCCUUUGUGUUUUUUUGAAAGACAUUUAAUUUGCAAUUACUGAGACCUUAAUUAGUCAGUUUACAGCUUCUUUGCAACUAUUUUGAUUAACAAAGGAAUGGUCUUUCCUGGUCAUAAGUCUUCCGUUCACAUUAAGCUUGAUCUCUGGUUAAAAUAUAUCUCGAGUGUUAAGUAACAGGGGGCGUAGAGUCUGGAAUUCGUGAAAGUAUGGAAAUCUACAAACUUGUUUUCCAGAGGUGGAAAAAGUAUGAGAAAAAAA